UGCGCGUGAACUGUCACUUUCGUUUGGAAAUCGCGAAUGUGUUGCAGAAAGUGAAAAAUAAUUAUAAAACAAUCAAUAAGAAAAAAAAUAAAAUAAAAAUGUUUCAUUCAUUAUUGCUUGUGGUAUUUUUGACGAGUUUCGUGGGAGCCGAUAGUGGUCACAGUUUACCGGAAGAUUUCACAAGAUGUCGGCAGAAGGACUCCAAACUAAACGAGUGCCUCAAAAUGGCCGUCCCUGACGCGCUCCGGAGAAUGAAGAAAGGUAUCCCAUCUCUAUCAGUGCCACAGAUGGAGCCGCUGCACGUGAACAGCAUCAACGUGGACUCCGGCUCGGGGCCCGUCGUCAUCACACAGAUGUACAGGAACAUCAAACUACAUGGUUUUACUGAUACUGUGCUGACGUUGUACAAGGCUGAUCUCAAAAACUACAGACUGAGAACUGACUCCAUCACUCCUAAGAUGGAGUUCAUAGCUGACUACAUCAUGAGAGGCAGGAUCCUACUGCUGCCCAUCCAAGGAAAAGGUGUCGCGAACAUUACAAUGGUGAACCUGGUGGUGAAACACGAUCUGAUUGGCGAGCCAGUUGUCAAGGAUGGACAGACAUACAUGCACAUCAAGGAAUACAGAGUCAAGUUCAUCCCACAGAAGGUCGUGCUGUACUUUUCCAACCUCUUCAACGGAGACAAGGUGCUCGGUGAUAAUAUGAACGAAUUCCUGAACUCAAACUCGGACCUAGUCUUCAAUGAACUGAAGGAAUCCUAUGAAAAGUCACUCAGUUCUGUAUUCCAGAAUGUCACCAAUGAGAUAUUCGACAGGGUGCCAAUGAACAAAAUAUUCCUUGAAGAUUAGUCUGUAAGAGUGGCAAGACUUAGGGCCGAGAUUGAUAACUGAUCGCUUUUCAAAACCUUCUAACUAAAACACACCUAAUACCUAAUAAGCACGACUCCGGCAUAGUUCCAGCACGUUGUUUUUUACGUUAGAAACAAUAAAAAAAGGUUACAACUUUUUAAUAUUAACGUUAUGAAAUAUGUCCUACGACAUACGAUUUAAAAUUCAUAUUUAAAUAACAAGUUAAUUGAGCUGUGCCGGAGGCGUGCCUAUUACCUGAUGAUCACUAACUUUUGACAUAAUUUAUGUUUUAUAGAACUUCUGACAAGAAUAAUAAAUACAGAUUGAUCUAGAGAGUUUUGGUUAUGACCGGCGAUUGUUUGAGCCCAUUCAUAAUUGCUAUCUGCAAUAAUUAGUUUAAAUAUCAUUUCAUAAGCGAGGGACACAAAUAAUACACUUCACAUUGGUAUCUGUUAUAUUUAUUGAAGCUGCUUUAAUUAGACUUCGUUAGUAUAAGUGUAAAAUAGUUAUAAAUUAGUUAUAAGAGUAAGUAGGUAAAUUUAAUUAUA